CCGGGCCCCGGGGCGGGGACAAGGCUGGAGGCAGGGCUUCCGGAGGAGGCCGGGGCUGCUCUAGACCCCGCAGAAGUAAGUGGAGUCCGCGCGAUGGAGGAGGCCAGCCUGAGCAGCAGCAGCCCCAGGAGCCCGGAUGGAGGCCCAGGCGGGGACCGCGGCCAGGCCUUCCCCAAGCUGCAGAACGACACCUUCCUGCGGGCGGCCUGGGGGGAGGCCACCGACUACACCCCCGUGUGGUGCAUGCGCCAGGCCGGCCGCUACCUGAAAGAAUUCUUGGAGACCAGGGCCGGCCAGGACUUCUUCAGCACCUGCCGCUCCCCGGAGGCCUGCUGCGAGCUGACCCUGCAGCCGCUCCGGCGCUUCCCCCUCGAUGCCGCCAUCAUCUUCUCUGACAUUCUGGUGGUGCCUCAGGCUCUGGGCCUGCAGGUGACCAUGGUCCCUGGCAAGGGGCCCACCUUCCCGGCGCCCCUACGGGAGGAGCAGGACCUGGACCGCCUGCAGGCCCCCGUGGACGUGGACCAAGAGCUGGGCUACGUGUUCCAGGCCAUCACGCUGACGCGCCAGCGGCUGGAGGGGCGCGUGCCCCUCAUCGGCUUCUCGGGGGCCCCGUGGACGCUGAUGUCCUACAUGGUGGAGGGCGGCGGCUCCCCCACCAUGGCCCAGGCCAAGCGCUGGCUCUACCAGCGGCCCAAGGCCAGUCACCGCCUGCUGGGCCUGCUGACCGACGUCCUGGUCCCCUACCUCGUGGGCCAGGUGGCCGCGGGGGCGCAGGCCCUGCAGGUGUUUGAGUCUCAUGCGGGCCACCUGGGUCCCGAGCUCUUCUCGGAGUUUGCGCUGCCCUACAUCCGCGACGUGGCCAAGAGGGUCAAGGCCGGGCUGCGGGAGGCGGGCUUGGCGCCGGUGCCCUUGAUUAUCUUCGCCAAGGACGGCCACUAUGCCCUGGAGGAGCUGGCCCAGUCUGGGUACGAAGUGGUUGGGAUCGACUGGAAAGUGGACCCCGCGAUGGCCCGGCAACGUGUGGGAAAGUCAGUGACCCUGCAGGGCAACCUGGACCCCUGCGCCCUCUACGCCCCCAAGGACAGGAUCGGGCAGCUGGUGGAGCGCAUGCUGGACGCCUUCGGGCCCCAGCCCCACAUCGCCAACCUCGGCCACGGGAUCUACCCGGACAUGGACCCCGCCCACGUCGGGGCCUUCGUGGAGGCCGUGCACCAGCACUCCCGCCAGCUCCGCCGCAAGUGACCUGCCCCCGCGCCCCCGGGACUGGUCUCAGCGCCCCCCGCCCGUCCGCCCGCCAGGAAGCCCGGCCCGGCCCGCUCACUUGGAGGCCCCGUCACUCCCCCUUCCUCCAGGGGCCGGAGCUCAGCAGGGGGACUCCCUGCCCGGAGCCGACUCCCUGGGGGGGGCCCCUGUGGACAGAGGGAGGAGGCUGGGUGGGGGUGGGGUGGUGGGCAUCUGGGGGAGGAAGAUUAGAGAAGGGAGGGGGCCAGAGGAGGGGAGAUAGCAUCUGGGAGAGGACCCCCCACGGGGCCUAGAGGUUGGUUCUGGGAGAUAUCCUCCAGGGAGUCUGUGGGAAAGGCCCCUCCUGGAGGCCCCUACGCUGGUCUGGGAGUCAGGGAGGCCUGCUUAGGCAAGCUCCUCCACCUCUGCUACCUCAGUUUCCUUAUCUGUAGAAUGGGGAUAAUCAGAGCACCUGCUUCCUGGGCCAUGAGCGCUCAGGACAGAGCCUGGUACACAGUAGGUGCUUAAUAAAUGCCUGUUCCCUUGC